UUAGUAUUUAUUUCUCGUCUGGCGAAGUAAAUGGAUCAGAAUGACAUUGCCUGCUACUGCGUUUUUCACUUGAGUCAGACAAUUUUUCACUUGACGCAGACAAGUACGUAUGAGGAACGUCCCGUGCAUGAGUGUCCGCUUUAUGUGAAAAACUGAACCCAGUGAAAAACUCUUGUCACCCUUCUGCAGAGUGGGACCCCCUCCCCUCCAAACUAUCUGCGUUGGAUUGUAUUGAUGAAAAUAAUUGGAAACAAUAGCGCAUUAAUCCAAGGUAUAGCUAUCUAUUAACAGCUGAGCAACCUAAGAAGGUAAAAAUUCCAUGAUUGAAAAAAUCGGAAGGAUAUGACUUGCACCGUCCACAUUUUCUUCUUUGUUUUUAAAGUCUAACGUUAAGUUCAGGCAAGGUAGGAUGUGAUCUGAGGCCUCCUAGGCCUAUAAUCAGGACUGGUUCAUUACGCCUGUCAGCCUGGCUCAAAAUUUUCAUAUGAUUUCGUUGAAAGUGAAAAUCUUAAAAAAAUUAAGAUUUGUUAAUGUGUUCGUGUGCUUUUUCAGGCAGGUUAUCUUUAUUGGCAUCAUCAUUGCUUGUUUCCAGUUAUUUCUGAUUGGCUUAGAUUCAAGCCAAGGCCUAACCGUGGAAGCAUCUCCGUGUAUGAAGAAAUACGAUUGAGACCACUUUAACAUCUGCCAGCUUCACCAAAGUAGGCCCAGGUUGCUUCUGUCGAACUUUUAACUUAAUGGCCAAGUAGGGCGACUCACGUGAUUAGUUAAGUCAGGAUACUGUAAAAGGAAGGGCCUAUCUCGAAAGGACCAUACGACCAUAUCUGAUUAAAUUGCAUAAAACUGUUCUAGGUAAGCCCAGCUAGCCAUUUCUUCUUGUUCAGUUGAUUUGAAGAAAUAGCAUCAAAGCCCACUCAGUGUGCACCAUCAGCUAUACUUGGUGAACUGCUGCACCACAAGAAGCUGUUUGUCAGCCAUGAGCAUUCCAGAGAGGAAUAGAAGUCUAGUCGAUGACAGCAUUGCUAGACGCAUCAGAGGUUGUUUAAAUCGUGAUCAGAUCAAUCUUUGGGUUGCUCCAUACUUUGACUCUGAACAACAUCAAUCCAAUGACCCAAUGAUGCAGGAGCUGACUAGGAGGUAUGCAGCUGAGUUGGAGAUAUCUCUAGAGAAAGUGUAUGAAUCACUUCAGCACCUCCAGUGUCAUGCACUAGAGAAAUUGAGAGCAAGAGAAGAGUUCCACAAGUCUGGACUAGCAACAUUACGCAUCAAUAUUGCAUAUGGUGCUCAGGAUUCCAGGCUUCAGACCCUCAAGACAAACUUGGAUAUCAAUGGAAGGGAAUUGAGGAACUUGAUCUCUACCAACUUCUCUGUUGAUGCAUCCAGAUUGAAGUUGAUUGUGAAAGGGAAUGUGAUAGAAGAUGAGUCAUCCCUGCAGUCUCAAGGUGUUAGACAUGAAGCCCAGGUCCUUGCCCUUCUUCUUACAGAAGCAGAAACCGUUGCUGUGAUGGCACAAGAAGAAGAGAAGCGUAAGGAAGUGGACCGCAUCAAGCAGGAUGCCAAGCAUUUGUCUCAUAAAAAUGCAAUGGAGGAUGAUUAUUAUUUUCAGGUAGUCACAGAUCAGGCUGGGAAAGCCAUAAAGUUGCCUCCUGAAGAGAAGCAAGCCCUUGUGGUUGCCAUGAUGCUGCACGAGCAAGGAAGGACUGCUCUGAAGAAAGAUGAUUUUGCCGCUGCCCUUCUCUUUUUUCUUGAAGCUGAUAAUGAGUACAGGUCAGGGAUCCAGUUCCUUCAUCUGCUGGAUGCAGUGGACAAUUAUGCAUUACUGAACCUGGAUAUUUCAUGGUGCUAUCUGUGUCUUCAAAGCAUCUCUGAUCUCCCUGAUGCUGAGAAGCGUUUGCAGAAGUGUGAGAAUUCCCUCAAGCACAGUUAUGGAAAGGACAUGGAGCGAGUCCUUGCCCUCAAGGGCAAUGUUGGGAAUGAAGCAGCACUGUUCUUGCGUCUACACCUACUGCAGGGGAUAGUGGCAUUCCACCAAAACAAGCUUCAGCUAGCAAACCAACUCUUUGCCCUGGUUGAAUCUGAGAUGGACCAGCUUCGUGUUGAUGACAGCAAACUCUCUCACAUGAUUGAAUUUGGAUUCAGUGAAGCAGAGGGUCGUUUGGGGUUACGAGCAAUGGGGAACAACCUCGAGCUGGCUGUUUCCUAUAUGCUCCAGAAGCGGGAUGAGAAAGAGGAGAGGAAAAGAAAGGAAGAAGAGGACAGGCAAAAGUUCCUCAAGCAAGAGAAACUAGCUGCAGCCGCUCUACGGCACUCCAACAAUAAUAUGAAUGCAGCCCUGAAUGUGUUAAUGGAAAGUCCAGAGCUUCUUGACUUGACUGAUUCACAGGAGGACCGUGAAGACCUCUCACAUCUCUUCUCUGCAGAUAGGAUUGCUCAGAACUGUUUACUGAAUUUGCUGGAACCUAGAGAUCUGGAAGAACCUGAGAUCAUCAACAUGGUCAAUGUGAAGAGAUAUGCAGAAGAGUCCAAGAUUGUGGACAGGAUAGGAGGAAUGGGAUUAGAUCCUGGGCUGGUGCAGCAAGUGGUGGGUCAGCAUAGAGGGAGCCUUGAGGAAGUGGUGAGGAACUUGGUAGAAAUGCAGAUGGGGAGUGGAACAAGUCAAGAUUCCAUUGAACGCUCCUUUCUCCAAGCCCUCAACCUCCUUGCUUCUACUCCAGGUACCAGGAGUGAAUCGAGCGCGAGUUCGAGGGUCCGGAGCACGGCGGAGGACUAUGCGGCAUGGAGGCGUUUGAGAAAGGACAUGCCACAGCACGAUGACGAUUACCUUAAUCUCACCCUUGCCAUGGAAGAAACAUUCCUCCAGAGAUAUAAGCAACUCCUCCUGGAAACUCUCUCCCCUAAGACCCAGUAGAGUCCUCGCCUGCAUUUCCUGUGACCAGGUGCUAGAGGAAUGGGCCAAUAAAUCCAUUUCCCUCUCAUGGGAAUUUAUGGUAUUUCCGUUCAGCAGGGUACUCGAAAUCGAACUUAAUUAACUAUCUUGGUCCCGCUCGUCAAAAAGAUGAAAAGGUCAAACAAAGAAAAUGGGGAAGACAGAGGCAGAGGCAAGAUGGGAUUUCUCGAGGAAGCGCGAAGAAUGGUUCGUUCAGCAAUCUUUUGAUUUAAAAAAUAAAAGAGUACUAUUUUUGGG